UUGUCAGAAGUUGAUCAUCUUCUUCCCAACUACUCCGAAGAUUCCAAACGAUUCGAGGAAAGUUGCAGCGCAAAGUGAGGUAUUAGUCUAUUCAGUACAUAACGUUCCCGAAUUGUAGCGCGUCUCUUUUUAAGCCUAGUGUUGUCUUUAAACAGAAGAAUAUUGGUCAGUUACAUAGGCGUGGAAUUUAGAGGGGGCCGAAAAGGUUUUUUUACCUUUAGCUGGCAACGUAGCGUCUUUAUGUGUUGUUGGUAUGGAGUGAGGUUGCCCUCUGGCUGCAAUUUCUCAGUCCACUCUUCUGAAUUUUCCGAACCUGAAAAGGUAAUAUUAAUCAGAGAACACAUUGAUUAUCUCUGCAGUCUCCACAACAGCCAAGCCAAUACAGAGAUGAAGAUUGCCGGAGUUUUGCUUAUUAUUAGCCUGGCUCUGUGUGCCAUGGAAUGCAGUGUGUCAGGUAUUUAAAUUCCUUGUUGCCUAUAGGAAUUUCUUCAGCUCAUCUGAUCAAGUUACCAAGGGUACAGAUACAAUGUUAAACAUAGUACAAGUCUUUUUGCGACGAGUUAACUGAAUGGUUACAGUGCUGGACACCUGAUCGAGAGGUCCGUGUUCGAGUGCUGGUCGAGGUUAUUGUGUUGUGUUAUUUGGUCGGACAAUUUAAUCUUUCAGUGCCUCCCUCAGUGCAGGAGUAUAAAUACGGAACAGCAGACUAUCAGGGAAACCUGACGGAGUACUAAAUGGGGGCGGGAGUACCCUGUAAUGGACUCAAAUUCAAUCCAGGGGAAGGAAGCAAUACCCUUAGUCGUUUCAAGAAAAAAGAGUUGAGAUGUGCCGAUUUGAGCUAUACCUUUGUCGCGUACUCACUUUGCCUCACCCGUCUAAAUAAAUAUGUCUUACCAUGUCUAACAUUGUGAGCAUCAUGUCCGUAGAUCAGUUGCUCUGUUACCAAGCAGCCUUUACAUGGCCGAACAGUUACGCAGUAGAAACCGGCGAACCGUAGACGGCGGUAGCUUUGAAGAUGCAAAGUUGCUAAAUUCAUAACUUUCUUGCAGCUUUUCGCCUCAAGGAAAAGGAUUUUCCAAGAAAAAUUCAAAACGAUGGAUCAUUCUCUUACGGUAAGUCUAACAAAAUUAUACUUCCCCUUCGUCUUGAGGUUCUUUCUAGAAAGACACUUCGCUAUCACAGUCCCUCCUACCACCCAAGAUUAUAAAAUGGUUACCGUCGAACUUCUUUAGGAAAACUUAAUUAUAUAUAAGAUAUGGAGGGGGUAACCUGCAAUAAAUUUGCAUCCCAUCCAGGAGUGAAUAGCAAUACUUCCACCCUUUCACUAUGCUGACACUGGUUUGGGUCACUUAACUCGAGCUCGUGCACAGACUUUGUAAAAAAAUACACCAGACUAAGUAGCUAUAACUACAUAGUUUGCUCUGACUCUUACAUUGCCAAACCGCAUCUACAUGGCCGAACAGUUAAAAGAUACUGAGAAACAAGCGAUGUUUGUUAAAUUCUGCAAAAACUCAAAACGAUGGAUCGUCCACAACUUCAUGUAAGUCGACGAACGAAAAUUCGAGAAAGAUACUCAAGGGACCUCUACUAGAAUUACAUAGUAAUUGUUAUCUAUGAAUCACAAAUGUUAACUUCGUCAAUGAUUUAUGGAAAUGAGCAGGACAGGAUGAUUUUUGUGAUCUUUUCUGAAUCGAGUUGACGAAAAUUCUCAAUACAAGCAUGAUACGUCGCAGAAGAGAUCUAGGAGACUUAAAUGUAAUUAUCCAUUAGUGUAUUGUGUUAAAAAAAAAAAAACUAAUGUGGUUGCUAAAACUCCUAACAAAACACUUUUAAAGAUGAAUGGUGCAAUGUUACUUGGAAAGAUCGCAAUGACUAAGCAGACUUCGCUUGCUCAAGAUCAGUUAUCCUUAAUAAAAAUCCUCAGCAAGACUUCUUGGUAAAAAUAUACUUGCCAAAAAUCUCUCAGAGACGCUAAAUGCCAAAUACUUUUCUACUAAGAUACACCUACAUCAAUGUGGUUAGCUUAACGAUCAGUUGUAAGUACCAACCGUGACAAAGUCAACUGUAGCAACACUUUAAAAUCUUGAACGAGGGUCUCGGCUCAUUAGUCUCCAAAGUAAAUGUCUGAUUUUUUUUUCUUUCUUUCAGAUGUCCAUAAUGAGCCUGAGGAAGACCCCGGAAAACUGGAAAACAUCGGACAAGCUGUUGGUAAGUUUGGCCGAGAUUUUUCUCUUUGACAUCAUUUCAUUAUCGUUAUUAUUACCAUUAUCAUCAUCAUUAUCAUCACAUCAGCAGCAGCAGCAGCGUUGAAAUCGUCAUCCAUCAUCGUUAUAGUUUUUGCUUUAUUUAUGUCUUUUUUGAAUACCACACGUGUGUUUUAUACCUGUUUGCAGAUUCGAAAGCUUGACUAAAGAAAAAAUUGGAGUUUUCAGAUCAUUUUUCUUAUGUUUUUCAACAUUACAGACAUUUUCAAAUGCCGUGGACCUGCGAGUUUGUCCAAAUUCAAACACAAUUUUGCAUCUAACUUGUCAGUUUUUGAUGUGCAUGUAUAGUGCAAUUUGAGCUAAAAAAAAAAAACCUGAAAAGCACUUCACAAUGGGCUAGCGCGCUAUAAUUAGACUUAAUAAUUAAUAAUUUACAUUUAUAUAGCGCAAACCUCUAUAUGAAUAUAUUCGGUUGCGCUUUACAAUAUUGUUAUAUUAAAUUUAUGUUAAAGGUGACUAAAGCAUGAGCAACUAUUAAAAACUACAAUAAAAAGUAUUAAAAACUAUAAAUAAAAAUAAAUAAAUAAAUAAUGAUAAUAAUUAAAAAAAAAAAAAAAAAAAAAAAAAAAAAAAAAAAAAAAAAAAAAAAAAAAAAAAAAAAAACUAUUAUAAAAGCCAACAAUUAAAUCUAUUUAAAAGCUAAAUUGAAAAAAUGAGUUUUAACAGCAGUCUUAAAAGUGUCCAAUGUCUUCAUGUUGCGAAUUUCCGAAGGUAAUGCAUUCCAGAGAUAAGGUGCAGCUGACUGGAAUGCACGAUCGCCAAGAGUUGGAUGGGUCUUAAUGCAUGGUAACUCGAGGAAUAUAGACUCAUUUGACCUUAGAGAGUACUUGGAUUGCUUUUUGGUAGUAAUGAAAUCAAUUAGAUAAUUAGGAGCUUGACCAUAUAAGCACUUAAAUGUCAAAAGUAGAAUCUUAAACUUUAUACGGUAACUUAUUGGAAGCCAAUGAAGGUGGAAAAGCAAUGGUGUAACAUGGCAGAAUCUAGGUGUUCCGGUGACCAACCGAGCCGCGGCAUUCUGUAUCCGUUGGAGUUUCAUGAUAUGUGAAUUCGGGAGGCCAUAUAGUAGACUGUUACAAUAAUCUAUUCUACUGGUGAUAAAAGCAUGAACUAAUGAUUCGGUGACUGAACGACUUAAAUAUUUCCUAAUUCUACGCAUGUUAUAAAGAUAAUUGAAAGCGGAUGAGCAAGUUUUGUUGAUAUGACUUAGCAUACUCAUUUUAGAAUCAAACCAAGCUCCUAGGUUUCGAACUUCAGAAGAUGGAGCAAUUUGGGAGUCCCCAACCGAUAAGGUACUAAUGUUACUGACUUUCUGAAGUUGUUGUCGUGUUCCAAUCAGAAGACAUUCUGUCUUAUCGGAAUUCAGUUUUAACUUAUCCGAAUGCAUCCAUCUACUGAUAUCAACAAUACAUGAUUCCAUGGCAGUUAUAGCAGCGGUCUCCUCCAAAUCAUUUCCUGAUCUAAACGCGAUGUACAGUUGCGUGUCAUCUGCAUAACAAUGGGAAUUAGGAAGAUGUGAUUCGACGAUCUUAAAAAGUUUACUAGCAUAGAGGGAAAACAAUAAUGGCCCGGGACAGCUGCCUUGUGGAACUCCAAAUUUAAGAUUAAAAUUACUCGAUAGAACUCCGUCUAUAUAGAUGCGCUGGGUUCUGUUAGAAAGGUACGAUUCAAUCCAAUUAAGUGCAGAGCCUGAAAUUCCAAAAUCAAACUGAAGGCGAUCUAAGAGAAUCCUAUGGUCCACGGUAUCAAACGCGGCGCUUAAAUCAAGAAGCACUAACAACGUGACCUUCUGAUUUUCCAUGUUCAUCAGAAUGUCAUUCUUGACUUUAAGCAGGGCAGUUAACUCAUAAGGUUCUUCAUCCUCGAUUAUGGCUCCAGAGUAGUCUAUAAAAUUAGCUCGAACUCUUUUAACCAUUUGCAACUCGAAUAAUUUUUCAAUUUAAGACAGUUGUAAGUACCAACCGUGACAAAGUCAACUGUAGCAACACUUUAAAAUCUUGAACGAGGGUCUCGGCUCAUUAGUCUCCAAAGUAAAUGUCUGAUUUUUUUUUUCUUUCAGAUGUCCAUAAUAAGCCUGAGGAAGACCCCGGAAUACUGGAAAACAUCGAACAAGCUGUUGGUAAGUUUGGCCGAGAUUUUUCUCUUUGACAUCAUGUCAUUAUCAUUAUUAUUACCAUUAUCAUCAUCAUUUAUCAUCACAUCAGCAGCAGCAGCAGCAGCAGCGUUGAAAUCGUCAUCCAUCAUCCUUAUAGUUUUUGCUUUAUUUAUUUCUUUAUUGAAUAUCACACGUGUGUUUUAUACCUGUUUGCAGAUUCGAAAGCUUGACUAAAGAAAAGAUCAUUUUUCUUAUGUUUUUCAACAUUACAGGCAUUUUCAAAUGCCGUGGACCUGCGACUUGGUCCAAAUUCAAACACAAUUUUGCAUCUAACUUGUCAGUUUUUGAUGGGCAUGUAUAGUGCAAUUUGAGCUAAAAAAAUAACCUGAAAAGCACUUCACAAUGGGCUAGCGCGCGCUAUAUUAGACUUAACUCAUAAGGUUCUUCAUCCUCGAUUAUGGCUCCAGAGUAGUAUAUAAAAUUAGCUCGAACUCUUUUAACCAUUUGCAACUCGAAUAAUUUUUCAAUUUAAGACAGAAGUCUUUACAUAUAGAAUAGUUUUCCCACUGUUGUUUGUCAAUGUGGAGUUCGCAUGUGAUGUCACGCACGGCUUCCUGCUUUAUGUCACGCUAGUGAUGUCAUGCUUUGCUUUGCGCAUGAUGUCACGUAUCUUAUCAAGGUUGUUAACGGCAGGGAACUUCAUGCUAGAAAUGAGUCCAUUAGAACGAACGAGUUUGUCUUUCAAUGAUGUAAACAGUUUUAACUCGUUUUUAGAUCCCUGCGGAGACGUUUGGACGAAGUUUGAAGAGUACUGUUAUCAUGUGAGCGGUGAAACAUUUACUGAGCAACAGGCUGAACAGUACUGUGACCAAAAGAUGGACGCAAAUUUGGCAAAGAUCAACAGCCAGGAAGAAAACAACUUUGUCUUGGACCUCGCGCAUAAGCAUGCUCCAUCGGCGAAAAAGGUCUGGAUUGGACUGAAGUGGGAAAAUGGUCCCAAAGAUUACUACUGGUAUGAUCACUCCUUCCCAACCUUCAAAAAUUGGGCCCCUGAUGAACCAAAUGGAAAAGCCAAUGAGCCAUGCGCUGAAUUGUAUGUCGGACAAUACCAGCUGCUACCCCAAAGGGGGGCCGGUUAUUGGAAUGAUGCGCCCUGUGGAGGGAAAAUUCCUGCAGUUUGCAAGAGGCUCUACUAG